AACUUUUAUCUUUUUAACUAGACGGUACCCAACCAUGUGAAAAUGUGGUUAACCAACGCUGAUAACAAAGGUCCGUAUUUGAAUUAUGGAGGUGGCAAGACUGGAGUACAUAUUCUGACUCAUGCAAACAUAUUACAAACAUUACACAACAAAUUGUAUCCUACCAAACUGCCUGAAUUCACGCCAAAAUUAAAAUCAAGAGGUAGAGUGCAUCAAAGUGACGUUUCUGAAGGAUGGUCUGUACCGCUUGGGUACUUACCCGAUGGUCCACUAGCUCUUCGUACACAGCGAUUCUUGUAUGACAAAUACAAACAGAGGCCUGCGCAAGUUCAAUUUUAUGCUACGUUUCCGUCUUUCUUUGACUUGUUGAUACUCCCCAUUGCUAUAAUAAUAUUAUGGCUCAUGACGCGCAUAGAGUGGAGUCGUAAGUUAUUUUUAAAAUAUCCCUGUCUAUUUACAUUGGGUUUUAUCAGUGACAAAAACCCGAAUCCGGAAGCAUGGAAAUCGAUAACAAUUUCUUUUACGAUUAGAGCCCGUGGAUGGACCGAAAUGUUGGCCGAACCUACCAACAAAUAUACGAAUCCGCCUAAUAAGGAAGUAAUAACUAAAGUCUCCGUUGUUUCUCCUGCAUACGAAACGACCAGUAUUAUGACAAUCUUAUCGGCAAUAACAAUCCUUAACGAGACCGAUAAAAUGCCUGACAACGGAGGCGUGCUCACUCCCGGUGCUGCAUUUGGUAAAACAUCUCUGGUCGAACAAAUGAAUAAACAUAAUAUUAAAUUCGAGGUUAUAUCGUCUACUGUGAAAUAGAGACAAAUGCAAAAGUAAGAUACAAUUUUCACUAAUAGAAUUCUUUUUUAAGAGGAUCCCCCAGCCUUUGAUGGUGUGCGCCAUCUAAACACAAAACGCAGCAUACAUGAGCACACGGACACACUACUACGAUACAUC